AUGCGCUCAGACGACCAUUAUGUUGAGACGUUGCUUGCCGUAGGUGCUCGGAACGACGAGAUAGCGCUGGGAGGAUUAAUCACGUGCAUUGCCGAGCAUGCUGGGGUGGAGCUGCGGGGUCGGGUGCCGAUUGGAAGGGUGUCGACAUUGGACACGAGUUUGUUGGGACCGGGCCAGUUAAAUCUGUUGUUUAAGGAUAACGAUUAUUUUUGGCGGGUCGCCCAAGGCGAACUCAUUGCUCUGCCGAACCCAGAGUACACGACGAUUCGUGUCAGCCGCAAUAUCAAGAUGGACCACCCGACGAUGCCUCAAGUUGCAGCGCAGCUCCCAGACCUUCCGAGCCCGAACCAUGGGAACAGCUCACGUGUGGAGGACCAGCUGCGAAGACGACCAAAAACUCAAAAUGCAUCAAACUUCUUGCUCAAGCAAGCCAAUUUCAGGGAUACCGCCGGCCGCUCCCUUCUACUGUACGUCAUCAUCGUAUCGCCCACCGUCAUCGUCUCCGAAGUUCACUGCCUAGGGUUCCGCCAUCGUCAGGGGUCUAGUAGAUAUCGUGUGAGCCGUCUGGCGUUGUUGGGUCAUCUCGCCCACGCUCGCGGCAUGAUCACGCCUAAAAAUCAAGCGGUCGCGCGUGAUGCCCGCGCUCAUGCAAAAUUUGCGCAGCAGAAAUUUGUACGUCAUCAGUGUCUCGCGACAUUCUCGUGCAAUAUGUUCCAGGCUGUGAGCGCUCUUGGCUAUGAAAGGGCACACGUGCCUGCGUCUCUCGGGACUGCCGUGCGACAAAGUCGAGCGUUGCCCGCAACAUCCGUACGCGGUGCUCGCGGCCUACUACCGAGGGCCUUCGGCCAUCGUCGCCCCAACGUCAACCCAAGCUAG